AUGACCGCCACCGACCCGCGCCUGCUCCCCUUCUCCGCGGUCCUCUCCUCCCUGGAGAACGAGGGCGCGUACGCCGUCAUGGCGGCGGCGGCGGCCGUCGAGUCCGCCACGGGCAAGCCCGUCAUCCACCUGGAGAUCGGCCAGCCGGCCUUCCCGACCCCGGCCCCGGUCGCGGACGCCGCCAUCGCCGCCAUCGCCGCCGGCAAGACCAAGUACUCGUCGCCGCGCGGCGUCGCCCCCCUGCGCGCCGCCAUCGCCUCCUUGGCCAACCGCCACCGCGGCCUCGCCGUCACCCCGCAGCACGUCGUCGUGGGCUCCGGCGCCAAGCCGGGCCUGUUCCUCGCCACGCUCGCCCUCGUCCGCGGCCCGCACGACCACCUCCUCAUCCCGGACCCGGGCUUCCCGACCUACCGCGCCAUGGUCGCCGUCGCAAACGGCACCGCCGUCCCCGUCCCGCUCCGCCCGGACAUGCGCAGCUUCGACAUGCCCGCGCUCGAGGCCGCCGUCACCCACCGCACGCGCCUCGUCGUGCUCAACUCCCCGGGCAACCCCACCGGCGGCGUCGUCCCGCUGGAACACCUGCGCCGCAUCGCCCAGCUCGCCGUCGAGCACGACUUCUGGGUCGUGUCGGACGAGAUCUACAGCCAGCUGUGCUACGAAGACACGUACACGUCCAUCGCCAGCCCGCCCGGCAUGGCGGUCCGCACGGUCGUCGUGGACGGCUUUUCGAAGAGCUACUGCAUGACCGGGUGGCGCCUGGGCUGGGCCAUCAUGCCGCCGCCAUUGGCGGAGCGCGUCGAGCUGCUGCUCGUGCAUUCCGUCGGGUGCACGGCGACGUUUACCCAGGAGGCCGGCAUUGCCGCGCUGGCCGGCGGCGGAGAGGUAGAGAUGCUGCGGCGCGAGUAUAGGAAGAGGAGGGACAUCGUGGUGAAGGGGCUGAAUGCGAUUCCCGGUGUGCGGUGCGACAGGCCGCAGGGCGCGUUUUGCGCGUUUGCGGACGUGCGCAGCUUUGGCAGGAGCAGCAAGGAGAUUGCGGACGUGCUGCUGCAGGACGGGUUGGUGGCCGUGUUGCCCGGGACGGACUUCGGGGAGCAGGGGGAAGGGUUCAUCCGGCUAAGCUAUGUGAGCGAGGAGGAGGAGCAGAGAGAAGGGUUGCGCCGCAUCGCCGCCACGCUCGGCAGGCUGCGCCCGGUGAAGGCGGUGGCGUAG